AUGAAUAACGAUCAACCAUUUGGUGGUAAAAUAAUGGUUUUAGGUGGCGAUUUUAGACAAUUGCUUCCGAUUAAAGUCAAUGGAACGCGCAGUGAAAUACUAAAUUUAUCUAUUAAAAACUCACAAUUAUGGACAUUAUUUUCAUUAUUUAAUUUGAAAACUAACAUGAGAGUUUUACCACAUGAAAUUGAUUUUGCUAAAUAUUUGUUAGAUGUUGGAAAUGGAGCAUUAAAUGAUCAUGAUAAUAAUAUUAAGCUUCCUCAACAAUGUAUAUUACCGCCAAAUAAAUGUAUUGUUCAAAACAUUUUCGGCAAGUUAAUAGAAGAGAAAAAAUUUGAUAAAAUUAGUCAUUGUGCAAUUUUAUCUGCCAGAAAUGCUGAUGUAGAUGAAAUUAAUGAUAGAGUCACUAAUUUGUUAGAUAAAAGUACAGAGCAUAUUUACACGGGCAUAGAUAGUACUGAAAAUUGUGAUAAUGGUGAUAUGGAAGAAGUACUUUUACCAGAAUAUCUCAACACAUUGAACCCACCUAACCUCCCUCCUCAUCGAUUGCGUUUACGAAAAUUUUGCAUAGUGAUGUUGAUUAGAAAUAUUAGUCUUAGUGAAGGAUUGUGUAAUGGAACAAGAUUACAAGUACUUGAUUUUUCUAAUCAUUUAUUAAAAUGUAAAAUAUUGACAGGCGACAAGCGCAAUAACAUUGUAUUUCUCAAUCGAAUUACGUUGUAUUGUGAAAAUCAAUAUCCAUUCACGUUUAAAUGA